GUCAAAAUGGAAAAACAUGUUACAAUCUAGCUUUAGCGUACUGAAGUUGGAAUGAGUAGCUGUUCGCAGUAGCUAACCUACGAUGAUCUAGGUGUUAUAAUGGGCAACAAAGAAGAAAAAUGGACCCAGUGUGUAACACUCGCAGUCCUCUUGAUGAUGGUUAUGACGGUAGAGGGUACUGACCCGGUUUGUCGGCCAUUUUGUCAUCUGCCACCGGAAACACACGAGAAAUGCAGUAGUCUGCGAUUUCUUUUCUCGUGUAUCAGCAAAGUUAAAAUGAGAUGUACAAUGAACCUUCACUGUUCCUGUGAAUGGCUGCACGCACUGGAAAAUGUCUAUUUAGAGUCGGAGAGACUGGCAAAAGUCCGGAAUUCCAACAUUUUUGAGCAAUGUACCGGCACUCUUACAGAAGAUUGUGACGAAUGGAAAGAAAAAUGGAGUCAUGUCCCUUGUGUGAGAAUAAAUAAAAAAGCAUCCACGAACGACACACGGAAUCCGGAAAUGCAGCUGAAGCUGAAUGAGAUCCGGGCCAGUGUUAUGAAGCUGAAAGACAAGGCUAAGCGCCGCAGACUUCUCAAAAACCUGAAUGCCUUGAUGAACAAAAUGCCAUGGGAAAAUGUAGCAGCAGAAAAUGUAUCGAGCGCCUCUUACAAUUCCAACGACAAGGGUAAGCCGCUAGCCAGCGCCAUCAGAUUGUCCGAGGGGUCCCAGCAGACCAACUACUCCGAAUGGAUGGGUUCUAUUGACAGUUGGCACCGGAAGGUCUUGUUUGAACACUGGGAAAAGGUUUCCCAGGCCGACAUCAUGGAGACGUUACACCGCCGCCGCACGUUCCUGCUCCUGUUCGGCGUCCUCACCGGAGCUACGGCCUUCAUCAUCGUCAUGUUGUUUGUAAUCAAGUAUCAGUCGGACAAGAACGUGCGGAAGGAUAUCGUCUUUGACGGCAAUCUGGAUGUGAUGGGGCGGGAGGACUCGUUCAGUUUUCUUGAUAAGCUUCGAAAAGAAAAAAGGCGGAAAGGAAAGGAUGUUCAACUGAAGCCACUGAAAAUGAAUUCACUGACAAUGUUUCCUAAGAAGGUGACAUCAGACACAAAACCAAAGACAGACUACAGAAGAAAACCACAGAUCUCCCAACAACCCACACAACCAACAAAAAAGUGCCAACCCGACCUAAACAAAGUUUCUAUUGACGCCAAGAAAACUAUUUUUGAAGAAAAUAAUAAGAAUCCGAACACACAUAGCCAACCUCUGUCAGAUCCACAAACAGAACAGGUCCCGGAAUAUGCAUUAAAAAGUUCCUCCAGUUAUGAUAUCGGGGAUCGGCUUUUUCCCUCGGCAAUGAUGCGAAGUUUUGGCACGGAGUUCGGCACCCCUUCACAGAAAACCACUAACACACUCACCGAUUCAAAUGAACAGUCUACGUCACAAACUGUGCGUGCCACGUCACCAAAAAGACCAGAAAGUACCCAAGAACCAUCUACGUCACCAGCUGUGCGGGUCACGUCACCAUUGCUAAUUCCUGUAAACCAUGUUACCACAGUGAAAAUCUCUCCCAAACGCUUUCUGUCAUCUGAUGAAUCCACCUCUACAUCUUCAUCUUCUUCAUCGUCUUCUUCAACAUCAGCAACCACCACCGGAUCGUCGAAUGGCUAAUGAACAUAUCAACUAAUUAAUGUUUUUAAUGAAUACGUUAACUUAAUAUUAAAAAAAACGAAAUAUUUUUGUGUCUUGUUUUUUUUUUCUUUCAUAGCUGGUGCUUUACGAUUUCUAAAUGUUUGUAAAAA